AUGACUGAGAUGCCUGUCACACGCGGGCGCCGCGACUCGAUCAUUGGUGGAUUUAUGGCGCGAAAGUAUGCUAAUAAAAAUCAUGCGGUUCCUGAAGAGGAUGACGAUAGUACGUUCAAAAGGGUCUCCAACCGGGAUUUAAUCCAUGGUGUAGCAAGUUCAUUUUUCGAAGCAGCUUACCAAAGGCUCAAAUCGAGUAAGGCAAGCGACGGGAUUACUAUCGAUGAAGAUUAUGAUCAGUUUGCCCAAUUUGUGCCCUCAGAAAGUUCAGAUGGGUUUUGGAAGGACGAAAACUUUAGACAGGAAUACGAACUUGGCAGUGAGUUAGGCAGCUCACAAACUUCUGAACCAGAAAAGAUGGCUGAAAAGCCUAAAUCUGAGCGCACAAGAGGAACUCAGGAACAUUUCAUUGAUAUUUUGCUGGACAAAAUGAUAUCUACUAUAUUACCCGAGAACUUUCCCGAACGAGAACAUUUCAGUCAACGACUCAAUGACCCAGAUCGGAAAAGAAGGCAGAAGCUAUCUGCUACAAUUCUCGCUUCCAACCUGAAAAUCCUGACUACUAAAUUAGGAUCAAUUUUCGAGCUUCAGGACUCCGUCAUUCGUUUAGUUGCUUGGCGGAACCCUUCUGGAACGAUCACAAUGCUCAUUAUGGUAACUAUGAUAUGCUUCAAUCCAAUAUACUUAGCAGUCAUUCCUUUGCUUUAUGUCCUGUACGGACUUAUGGUUCCAGGUUACAUGCAUAGGCACCCUCCCAGAAGAACAAAUUUCCUCUCUCGAAAACAGUACGGGAGAUCCCUUAUCGUUUCGCUUACUAGUGGAGGAAAGAGAACUCAUAACUAUCUCAAUGAAGAUAUUCGUGAGUACGACUAUAACUUGGAAGCUGAUCCCCAGGACGUCAAAAAAGCCCAUAAUAUCAAACAAAGUAUGGAAUUUGUUGUCAACUUAAGAGACCUACAAAACAGCAUGUCGGCGAUGGUUUCUUUAUCAAACAGUAUCGAAAGGUUUGUGUAUGGUACUGCGGGAUUUAAAGAUGAGCACAGGUCGACAGUUCUGUUUCUUGCAGGCCUUGGAGCACUUCUCCUCUCAGGAAUUAUCUCACCUUUUAUCAAUUGGAGUGCGCUUUUGGCAGCACUAGCUUGGUUGAGUAUGGUUGCAAUUCAUCCCAAAGUUCGGCCAAAACUAGCCCAGGUUGUCAAAAAGGAACAGCUUGACAGAGGGAAGGAAGCGUUGAAAAGAACAGAACGCUACGAUGUAAUUUUGGAUGAGCAACCAGAGGUCAGAGUCAUUGAGAUAUUUGAAAUUUUCAAGAAAGAAGCACUUUCAAACAAUUGGUCUUUCGUAAAGUACUCGAGUAGCGUCUUCGAUCCUCGCGAUAGUUUUCGAAAAGCCCAAGUUUUGCCACCUGGAGUAGAUGAACUGGAAUGUGUCUGUCCUCCAUUGACAUGGUCAUUUGAUGCUAAUUCAGUUUGGGAGAUUGAUUAUAAUGUUGGUGGAUGGUCAACUGAACGGUGCCUAAACCUGCAAAUUGAUGAUCAGUUUUUGGUAGACGAUGCAUUCAAAAGAAGGAGGUUAACGAGAAAAGUCUUAAGGUAUGCAAGUCCUGCACGCAAGCCUUCGUACAAAUAG